AUGGCAGACAAGCCGGAACCGCGGCAUGGUGUCAGGUCAUACGAUCAUACGACUGAAUUCAGACUUCACCAUACCGCUCAGGACGCCAGGAGCGAGGAUGGGGGUGGCGCAGCAUACCCAAACCUCGCUCCUCACUCCUCCCUAACGGGUCGUCGUGGCGUUGCUUUCCGAGUGAUGGCAUGCACGCUGGUACGCUGGGCAGUGGCAGUGGGCACAUUGCGUCCUGCCCAUUCACUCCACUCGUCUCCUGCGCCCCUCGGCCUCCUACAUCAACAAGGUGCCAACCUGCACACAUCAACCCCGUCUCGCCUCACCGUGCCCGAGGCGACGGGUGCUGUGGCCGCACCUGACGCGGUGACCUGUGCUUUUGUCAACAUCGGUGCCGAUGAUGCCGACGGUCAUGAAACCCAGCCAGCCACGUCUGGCGCUGGGCUCCAGACCAGGCAAGCGGUGGGGGUUCGAUUCGACAAGGCAAAGAGCUUCAAGGCUUUGGAAAUGAAUGAGUGUGGUGGGGGUGGCAUGGAGGGCUAG